AAAAAAACGGACACCAAUGCGGAGCCAUCUCUGGCAAGCUCCAUGAAGACUCAAUGCGGAGCCAUCUCUGCCAAGCUCCCCCUGCAAAGAGUACCAUGCCACUUGUCAACACGCCCUUUAAUUAAAGAGAAUAUCUUUAGCUCUGUACAGAUUAACCUCUGUACGCUAUAAAUGACCUUAUUGAUUUCAAUCACGUUCAAACCCGAACCCUAAUUCCAUAACUUCUCUUCACUUUUCGAUCAAUGGUGAUGUUCGCUUCACAAUUAACAGCAACAACCUUCUCGCCUUCAUUCCUAAACUCAACUCCCUCCGAUACCACUCGUUCCCCCUUCCUCGCUCUCGCUCACCUUCGCUACAACCGAACCUUCUUUCCCACUCGCCGGAGACUUGCCGUUUCCUCCCGCCUCAACUCGUCCAGGUCCUCCGGCGCCGGUGGCUCCGUCGACAACGGCGAUGUGCCCUACGAGCUCCACCACGAUUUCUCGCCGCAGCGCGAGACGAAGGGAUCGCCGGUAUUCGUGACGCUGCCGGUGAAUACGGUGGGCCCUGAGGGGAAGAUAUCGAGGCCGAGGGCCAUGAUGUUCUCGCUGAAGGCGCUCGCCGCCGCAGGCGUGGAGGGCGUGGUGGUUGAGUUUUGGUGGGGAAUUAUUGAGAGGAAAGAACCUAGGGUUUACGAUUGGCGAGGCUAUCGUGAGCUCGUGAUGAUGGCUUGCAUGUGUGGCCUCAAGGUUCGUGCUGUUCUUGCUUUCCAUCAGUACGGCACAGGCCCUGAUGAUCCUAAUCAGAUACCGCUUCCUCUAUGGGUGCUUGAUGAUAUAAACAAAGAUCCAGAGUUAGCAUAUUCUGACCGGUUUGGAAGAAGAAAUAUUGAAUACAUUUCCCUAGGAUGUGAUACUCUUCCUGUGCUGCGUGGACGCACUCCUAUUCAAGCAUAUGCAGAUUUUAUGAGAGACUUCAGGGAGACUUUCAGGCCGUCUCUUGGCCUUACCAUUACAAGGGUACAGAUUGGCAUGGGUCCUGGUGGUGAACUAAGAUAUCCGUCAUUCUCUUUCCAGAAGCCAAAUGUGGCUUCAUCUGGUGGACUUGGAGAGUUCCAAUGCUAUGAUAAGUACAUGCUAGCUUCUCUAAAUGCCUGUGCGAGAAAAAUUGGAAAGCGUGAAUGGGGAGAUGGUGGUCCAUUUGGUGCGGGAAGUUUGACGCAAAAUCCUGAGCAUACUGAUUUCUUCAAAAAUGAGGGUGGCUCUUGGAACACACCAUAUGGUAAAUUUUUCCUUGAAUGGUACUCAAAUAUGCUGCUGCUGCAUGGAGAGAGAAUUUGUAGGGAAGCUGAAACUAUAUUUAGGGGUACAGAAGUCCUUAUAUCCGCAGGAGUAGCUGCCAUUCACUGGCACUACGCCAUUCAAUCCCAUCCAUCGGAGUUAACCGCAGGCUAUUAUAAUACUUUCGACAGGGAUGGAUACUUGCCCAUUGCUCGCCUGUUUAGUAAGUAUGGGUUUGCAAUUUGCUGCUCUUGUUUUGAAAUGCAAGAUGCCACAAUGCAAAAGAUAAACCCUAGUGGUAGCCCUGAAGGAUUUCUUAAACAGCUUUUGCUGGCUGCUAGGCUUUGUGACAUAUCACUUGAAGGUCAAAAUUUUACAACUGAUUUAGAUGAUGAUGCAUUCUCCCAAGUGCUGAAGAUGUCAAAGUUUUACUCGGAUGGGAUUGAAAAGCGCCCCUUUGCAUUCAACUUUGUAAGAAUGAACAAAAGAAUGUUUGAAACCCAGAAUUGGGAUCGGUUUGCACGAUUUGUGAGGCAGAUGUCUAGUGGAAAGAUUUUACAAGCCAGGCUAAGAGCCCAAUUGGGAAGUAGCAGAAGUUACUCUUUUUGACUUUUAAAUUGUGGAAAGUCACAAUUCGCCUGUUUGGUGCCAUUUUAAAAGAAUUUUUAACUUUUCGAAAAGUUAAUUCCCAGUUUUUUGAAGAAGACUUCUCGAAAAGUUAAUUUCCAAAAGUUAAAUUUCCAGCUUUUUGAAGAAGCAGAAAUAUAUGACUUCAAUAAGUCAUUCUAUCACUUUCGAAAAAAAUUGACUUCAAAGCAAAAAAGAUCUACUUUCAUUUUUGGUAAAAAUGUUUUGUUUCUGCUGGAAAUAUUGGUCUUCCAACGCAAGGUUUAAGGUUCCAAGUACUGACCUUCUACCAUCAUUUUCACCCAAUGUUUUAUCUGCUGGAAGGAUUGGUUUUCCACCACCAUAUCUGAACCACUUAUUGCAUAUAUUUUUUCUAUUUUUUUAUCAUUUUACCAUUCUAUUUUUUAUUAUUAAAUUUGUAUUUAAUAUUGUGUGGUAUGAAAUCUCAAUUUUAAUUUUAUUUUUUUCA